AUCAGUAAUUGGAAUGCACACAUGCAUUUAAAAUUUCUUAUCUUAACAUGUGUAGACUUUGUGGCAGCCCGCUCAUUUUAAUCAUGAUUUUUGCCGCCGCGACAUCUAUUGAUGGCGCGCCGUACUGCGGUAAUUGCAUUAAACAGCAACCGAACUUGAGAAAUAGACCACACAAUAAACUGCUGGCGAUGGAUUGGGAUGCGCAUUCAGGCGGUAUUGCAUUCAGGCGUCAGGGUGGAGGCGAAACGGUACCAGGACAAGACCUAAACCUAGCGUUACCUGGCGACCCAAACGACCCAAGCAAUAAUGGGAGUCCAAGGAAAAAUGGGAGGAAGCAGUGCUGUCCAUAUGACUUCGACCGAAAUUUUUGCAGGGUCUUAGACGACAGGGUUCUAUGUGGAUAUAAUAAAAACAUUGGACAGCCAAAGAGUAAAGAUGAAGUGUUCAAAGUGACUGAGAACUGUAGGAUACGUGGGGGACGAUUAGAGUGUGGGUAUGAGUCAAGUCCCUAUAACGGUAUUAGAAGGCCUCCCGCGUGGGAUCAUGAACACUAUGGCCGUUCACCAAACGAAGAUCGUGGUGGAUCUAAACCUGUCACUACUCCAGGGUAUCCGGCCCCAGUCACCAGUUGUGUAGAAAUUGACGAGCGUAUUAUUUGUAAGAGAAUUUCUUGAAUUUAAUUUA